UCUCUUUCUCUCUGUUACUCUCCCGUUGUUGACUUGUUGGCCUUGCCUCUGCCUCUCUACCACACCUAGUUGCCAUCACAUGUAUAUACAUACUGCUGGCUCUGUACAUUGGUCUGGGUGCAUAAUGGUCUAUAGCCCUCUUACUAUUACUGUCUUUCACUGUUUCUUGAUGGUGAGAUGCACAGGAUGUGUACGUGUAUUUUAGUGCUUGCAGGGUAACUAUAUAAAACUUUCAUGACAAAAAGCAGUGAGUGCAUCGAUUCUCAUUUUCCAAACCUCUCGAAACGGCAGAGGUUCACAUCAAUUUUUGGCUUAUCGGUUUUGGGAGUUGUUUGUUUGAUUCUCCUUGACUGGCGUGAUGGCUGACAGACUGGAGAGCAAAUUGAGGUCAUUUGCCUGCCUCACAAAGGACGAUGUCAUUGGAAUAGAGUACAAUGGACAGAUCUAUGAACUAAAGGUGCUGGACACCAAACCGGCCGAGGCAGUCUCUAUCAUUGAGUGUGACAUGAAGGUGGACUUUGCGGCACCGGUGGACUAUGUGUCUCCAGUCAAAGAUGAGACGAUAAGCCCUGCUUCACCUGAUGGACCUGAUGAUAUUGAGAGGAACCAUCAGAUAAAGGAGGCAGUGGAGAGAAACAACAAGUUUAAGGUGUUUGCAGGAGAAGGUCAGAGAUUGGAUGGGAAGGCAAAGAGACGGUUGGACAAGGGAGACGAACCGCCUGCACAGCAACUGCCGAGAGGGAUUCCAAACUACAACUACAAGAAGUGGAAGAUUACGUUUGCCAAGGCCAGCACGCUGAAGGCCUCUGAGCCUGAAGAACCAAUGGAUGAGGGGUUGUCUGGAUUUCAAGCUUUUUCGGGAGAAGGCAAGGCGUUGAGAGUAAAGAAGAAGAAGAAAUAACUUCACACACACUAUGUCAUACACAUUCAUUCCCCCUCUAAUGAGAGGAGCACAGCAUGCAUGCGCAAAACGAAGGAGCAUAAUCUUGCGCACACAGCAUUAUAGGUGGUGGGAUAAUAAUGCCAUAGCUACUGUUGUUAGCUACUACUGUCAGUUACAAGUCUGGAGAGAACGUGCAAUCUUCGUAGCAUAUAAGAGCAGGAGAUCCAUGGACAAGAAUAUUAUGCAUACAAUGAAGUCACAUGAGAAAGUUUCCACACUUAAAAUGUGCACUGUUUUUUUGGCCUAAUACAAACAUUUACACACAGUUGACAAACAUGUACGGUUUGCAUAUUCUACACUUUCGUGAGGCGCACUUCAUCAAUGUGGGGGCACAUGGCCAGGUCAAAGAUCAUUCCUGCACACCUGGUCUCUGUGACUGAAGGUGUCUUACACUCUAUUGUCACCGUGAUAGGGAGAGGAGAAGGUAUACUAUCUGAGCUUCUCGUCAGAAUCUCGCAAAUCUGUGGUAGGUAUUUGUCGCAUAAACUAUCAGGGACGGUGAGUUCGAGAUGUUGGAGAGAGAGACCAGGGAAAGCUAGGAGCCAUUGGAGCAAGGACGGUAAGAAAGGGAGGCAGAGGACUUUGUUUUCACCGUUCUGGCAGGAAUCUUCACUGGCAGUAGCCACUUUUUGGGAUAUUUUCAACGGCUCGAAGAGUUUCUGAUUACGGAGUGGUGGUGGGGUGUGGGUCCUAUUCAGAGGUAGGCUCUCCUGGAACAGACAACCUCCCUGGAACUGACGGCCCACCUGGAACUUACGGCGCUCUUUGAAGUGACGGCUCUCCUGGAACUGACGGCCCACCUGGAAGUGACAGCCCCACUGCCUGAUGUUAAGAGUCUUUGUGCAUGAAGUGGCUGUACACAAGAAUGCUGACACCAAACUCUCUAUAUCACUCGUCUCCAAUGAACAGUUGGUUAAUUCAACAAGUUCAGACUGGGCCUAGUCUCCAGCAAAGACACUACGACCCCUGAUACCGUGCUACAACAAGCAUCACCCCCGAGCG